AUGUAUCGAAGAAAAGUUACUGGUUUUGUAAAGUCAUUUUUUUAUAGAGAACGGUCCUCUGUAUUCCUUCGAAAAGUGCCUGCAACCUUAAACAUUGAUUUCAAUCUUAAACAUACCAGUUCCAGGUUUUUAUGUAUUGGCAGUUAUGAUACGAAACCAGACUUAAUAGAUAAAACUCAGGAAAGCUGCUCAUUCACUUAUAGAACGCAUACUUGCGGCGAAUUACGGCCUUCUAAUAAAGGCGAAAAGGUUAUUUUAUGUGGUUGGGUUCAAUUUAUACGCUUAUCAAAGUUUCUUCUCCUAAGAGAUUCCUACGGACUUACACAAUGUACAAUAAAUGAUUCUAAUGUUAGUGUAACUGAUAUUCCACUUGAAACCAUUGUAAAAAUAUAUGGAACAGUUGUUCCUCGGCCCGAAAAUACUUCAAAUCCUAACAUGAAAACUGGAGAAAUUGAAGUAUCUAUAGAAAAUAUAGAAAUUUUAAAUCAUGUUGAGAAACUUCCUUUUAAUUUACGUGAGUACCAGAAGCCUAAAGAACAGCUUAGGCUUCAACAUCGCUACAUUGACUUAAGGUUUCCAGAAAUGCAGUAUAACUUGAGACAGAGAUCACUAAUGUUGCAUAAUAUGCGACGUUUUCUCAUUGAAAGGCAUAACUUUUGUGAAGUUGAAACACCCACAUUGUUUUGCCGGACUCCAGGAGGUGCACGAGAAUUUAUUGUGCCUACCCAUCAUUCUGGUUUAUUUUAUUCAUUAGUUCAAAGCCCACAACAGUUUAAACAAAUGUUAAUGUCUGGUGGUGUUGAUAGGUACUUUCAAGUGGCAAGAUGUUACAGAGAUGAAAGUACAAGACCUGAUAGGCAGCCAGAGUUCACCCAACUUGAUAUUGAGUUAUCCUUCACAACAUUAGAUGGAAUUUUAGCUAUGAUUGAAAACUUAUUACAUGAUACAUUCAUUAAGGACUUACCAAAACCUCCAUUCCACAGAAUGACAUAUAAGGAAGCUAUUGAAAACUAUGGUAGUGACAAGCCAAAUGUAACAUAUGAUUUAAGAUUAAAAAAUAUCUCCUACCUAUUUAAUGAAAAUCAUACUGUCUAUGCCAUUCCAUUUUCAAACAAAUUGGGUAAAUUAACUGCUAAAUAUAAAGAGAAGGUAAAGGAAUUACAAAAGAAAUACAGCGUGAAAGUUGUUUUGGACGAAUAUUUGAUGAAAGAGUUUGGUAAUGAAGUUACUAGUAAGAUAAAAAAUGUAAUAGGUGUUGAAAAUGCAGGAAUUCUAGCAGUUGGAGAAGAAGAAAAUGUAUGUUUGUGUUUAGGUGAAAUUCGCCAGUUUCUUGCACCCUUACUGGAAUCUAAACAAUUAUUACAUGUAGACAAUACAAUGAAACCGUUGUGGGUGGUUGACUUUCCUUUGUUUAUUAAAGGCGAAAACGGCUUGGAGACAUGUCACCAUCCCUUUACCGCUCCACAUCCUGAUGAUGUGCAUCUACUAGAUACAGAUCCUGAAAAUGUUAGAUCUUUGGCUUAUGAUUUAGUUCUAAAUGGAAAUGAAGUUGGAGGGGGUUCAAUUAGAAUUCAUAAUGCAAGGUUACAAGAAAAAAUUCUAAAGAUUUUAAAAAUAGACUCAAGUAAACUGAGCCAUUUCUUAGAUGCUUUAAGGAGUGGAUGUCCACCUCAUGGAGGAAUAGCUCUUGGGAUUGAUCGAUUAGUUUCCAUUGCUUGUAAUGCAGAGUCAAUAAGAGAUGUAAUUGCUUUUCCAAAAUCCCAUGAUGGCAAGGAUCCACUAUCAGGCGCUCCUAAUGUAAUAAGUGAAGAUGACAGAAAGUAUUACCACUUAAAAUAA